CGGCAAUGGUUUUUUGACUUUUUCCUGGACGAUUCCCCCUCAUUUUUUGGGCCUUAAACAUAAUUUAAUCGAAUAACAUUUAUCGUCUUCAAAAUUAAGCCAAACAACCCCAAAACCCUUCUUUUGAAUCCUCCACGAACCAACGUCUAGGGUUUUUGAACACCGGAGAGCCGGAGGUUUGUAGCUUCAGCCGCCCUGUGAUUGCCAACUAUUGCCGUGUUUAUUAGACCUUCAUCAUCGAUCGAAGGGGCGGAAAUGAGCUCAAGUAUUCACAGGACACCGAAAUCAACCGGUAGGCAAUCCUUGUUCUUCAAUGAUUUAGCCACUCCUGUCACUAACCGGCGCAGUGGAUCCGGUAAAUUCACAACCCCUGGCCAAGCCGCCGCCGUAUCGGCUCUAUGGCGUGAAAAUUUCGCCACCUCAGAUCUACCACCACCACCCGCCUUCACGCUCGAAGAUCGAUCCGAUUUCUCUCCGGAAUCUGGGAUCCAAGAGUAUCCCGUUGGCUCUCCCGAACGUAAUUCGAACCCUAGAACUCCCGCUCGAACGCCGUCUAAGUUGUUUUCCACAAGCCCCAACAAGUCUUCCCCACCUAAUUCAAACCCUAGCACAUCGCCCUAUUCAUUGUUCGGGAAUCAGCAGUCACACACCUUUCAGAAUCAGAAUCAUAAUCAGAGCCCCUCGGGGACUUCGAGUUGGUGGUCCGCAGGUGUGGGUGAUGAUAAGGGAAAGGGCUCGGGUUCACCUUCAGGUUCUCCGGUUGAUGGUGUUGUUCAUCGUCAGCCAGGCGCUUUGGUGAUUCUGCCGCCGCCUAGGGAGGUUGCUAGACCGGAACUUCAGAGGAAUUCUUUGCCUGUCGGUACGAUUGAUGAGGAAGAAUGGGUUACUGUUUAUGGGUUUUCUCCAGCAGACACAAAUUUAGUGCUUCGGGAGUGA